CAUAUGAGAAUGCCAAGAUUUACAAAGAAAGAACAAAGAAGUGGCAUGAUCAACACAUCCUUCGUAAAGAAUUUACAGAAGGAGACCUGGUACUUUUGUUUAACUCUCGACUCAAGCUUUUUCCCGGAAAACUUCGUUCGAGGUGGUCUGGACCAUUCCAAGUGCGUAAAGUAUACCCAUUUGGGGCUGUCGAAGUAUGGAGUGAAGCCACGGGAACCUUCAAAGUCAAUGGGCAGCGAUUAAAGCAUUAUUUCGCAGGAACUCUGAUCGAGAAGUUGGGUACUCUUACCCUUCUCGAUUCAUCAUCAUUGUGAUCAUUGAAGGGGUCGAGCUCAUGACCAUAAACAAGCGCUUCUUGGGAGGCAACCCAAGUUUCUCUUUCAUUUUAUUUUUCUUUUUAGUGUUUUAAUUAUUAGUUUUCAUGACAUGUAAUCAGGUUUCAGUGAACUGGUGUGUACGUGAAUGACAGAAGAAAAAUAGGUAACAGAGAGUUCAAGGCGAAAGAGGACAGAAGGAAAUAUAUUGAUAACACAGUUGACACGGCUAGCCCGUGUCCACCAACACACCCGUGUAGCAGUCGGGACAGUCUUCACCUCAUUUCCAGAGUCUACCACACCCUGAGAAGACGUCCACCACACCCGUGGCCGAAAAAAAAAAAUAAAGAAAAGAAAAAAAAAUAUGAAAUCCAGACUUCUUUGACCCCACCCUCCUUCCAUCUUCUUUGACCCCACCUCCCAAAUCCAUCUAACCCAACAUCACCCAGGACAGUUUUCUUUUUCGCCCAAAGUGACCGCUCAUUGAUUUCUUUGACCAAACCCAACAAAAAUCUGACAUUCCAAUUAACUUCAUCACCUCCAAACCACCCAAUCAAUCCCAAUUACACCACCCACCUCCCAAAAAGCCAAUCAAUCCCAGCACAUCAACUCCUGACAACCCAUCAACUUACCCAAAGCCGGCCAUUCACAGACUUCCCCAUUGAUCUCCCAUACUUCCCCCACUCAUCCUCCCUCUGACUUUCUCCCAUUCUAGUCAUCCUUUCCGCCUCUUAUCUAACCCAAGGCCAGAAAUGUUUCUAACACAAAGCCAACACGUCUGAAGUUCCGACGAGAGAAGCGCCGUCCAAUAACUCCAACGAUCUUCCAUUCAGCCCCAUGGCUCCAAAACGCAGAAAAAGCAAUGACGCAACAACCUCCAACUCACGAACAGCAUUGCAACACCGGUCUACAAGGGGUAACCCUUCGCCUCCUUCCAAUAACCCUGAUGGUAUUAUCUUUGACCCUGAUCUUAAUCAAGAGGUACGGUUUAAUAAUUUGGUCUCUAGGCGCAUGACAUCGACAAAAUUCAUUGAUAAUGAUGCAUUGUUACAAUUAGGACUGAAAGAAAACAUCUAUAAUUUGUUCAAUGGCAUUGGUUGGGGAGAAUUUGUGACUUUGCAUCGGCCUACAUACAGGAGACUUACCCUUGAGUUCUUAAGUUCUUUAGUUGUUGAUGCUAAUGAUAGCGUCGCAGGUGGUCGACUGAUUUUUCGAUUCUUUAACAAAUGCUAUGUGAUCAGUAUGGCUAAAUUUAACCGUCUCCUUAGCCUACCUGAACAGGGACUCAGAAAACCACCGAGAGAAUGGGAUCCAGCCACCUUUUGGAGAGCAAUAACCUGUGAGAGAGAGGGUAGGGCAAAUGUUCGACCUUAUGAACCUUCUAAAAACAAGGCUUCCCAAAUUUAUAACCCUGUUUUCCGCUAUCUACAGCGGCUCAUGGCAAACACCAUCUUUGGUAGGGGAGAGAGCGUCAGUGUUUUUAGGGAUACCGAAGUCUUCUUGUUAUACUGUCUUGUCAAUAGGAUGGUGGUUGAUGUGGGAUACUUUUUAGCCAAACAAUUAGAAAAAAUCGGGAAAUCUAGUGUAGGUGACAUUGUUGUUGGAGGGAUGAUCACAAUCCUCGCAGAACGUAUGAAUUUAUCAUUCACUCACCUACCAAUUGAGAAACCAAUAUCCCGAUUGGAUCUUCCAUAUUGCACAACUUUUGGUCUUAUAACUAAAGUUGAAGACGAAUAUUGGUUAACUUUCUUUCAAGGCCCUAUUUUCCCACUCCCUAAUCAUGAUCUUACUAACACUGAAAGCCAGGAAAAUUGGCAGCCACCUGAAGGUGACUUGCCUUACGAACCACCUCCUCAGGUACCCCUACAUCAACCGGCUCCAUACAUUUCGCCCCACGAUGCAUCAACGUCUAGUGCGUCCCUCAAUUGGACCAACAGGUUCAACAUGUUGGAGAGAGGGCAACAACACUUGAAAGACUCCAUCCACUCAUUACAACAAGAUAUGGGCACAGAAUUCCAUGCCAUUAACGCGCGUCUGGAUGGUUUUGGCACUACACUAGGGACGAUGAACCAGUUGAUACAAGAUUUGCACCACUUUUCUCUACCUCAUGAUUAUGCACCUCCACCGCCACCUCAAUGAGCGGUGAGUCCCUCUUAUCCCCCUUUCAAUUACUCAAACACAUUGAGGACAAUGUGCAAUUCAAGCAUGGGGGAGUGCGUUGGUAUUUCAUGUCUUUUAUGUAUGCUUUGGUGUGUUUUUCACUGUGUUUUUGUGUGCUUGUUUUCUGUGUUGGGAUUUUUCAUUUAGUUAUAAAAAAAAAGAAGAAAAGAAAAAUAGUACCACUGUUUGAAAACUCUUCUAACACGUGCAUCAUUUAGUUCACAUGCCCCAUUGUAUAAAAAAAAAGGCUUUGUUUCAUGUUCAGUUGGUUAGGAUGUUAUCUGUUCGAGUUCCACUUGGUCGACACUUAACUCUAAACAUUGGAGAGAUAGGAAUGGAUUUUGGCUCAACUCAUCUAAUUAAAACCUAAGCUUCUUUGGUGACUUGGAAUACUUUUUGGUUACUGGAGAAACACUCGGCCUUGUAAAAAAAAGUCCUAAAGUCUGUUGCACCGAGUACCUGGCACCGCACCCUCAGAAGUAUGGCUGUCACGUCAGUAGGUGUUAAUUAUGACGGGAUUUUCAAAAAAAU